CACAAUCACGAAGAAAGAAUUUCAUGCAUCUGUAGCCCUCCAUUUCGGACGAGAAAACAUCCAAGGGUUGAGGAAGAAAGAAACUCUGCUCUUCAGACUUUAACAAGCGAAGCGUGUUGCCUUUGCCAUUCUAACAUUUUACCCAAACCCAAACUAUUUCCCUUCAUUUCUUCUCUUCUAAGUUCCUCUCAUCUCCCUUCAAUUCAAUUACUUUCCUCUUACCCUCCUUAUUCCACCCUUAUUUCUUGCGUUCUAUUCUGUUCUGUCUCUUUCUGUGGAACAGAGAGCGUACUUUUUGAGGUGAUUCUACUUCUACUACUACUACUACGACGAAAAUUAUGAGUGAAAACCUGAGAUCUGCAAGUGGCAGCUCGAGCUCAAGUUUGAACAGCAGCUUUCAGGAUACAGAGGAUGAUCAAACCAUUGCUCGUAUCUUGGCAGAAGACGAGAAUUUCAGGGAUGGAAACAAGCUUGGGAAGCGACUUUCUCAUUUAGAUUCAAUUCCGCACACACCUCGUGUUAAUGGAGAGAUUCCUGAUGUAAAUGACGCAACACUAGACCAUGAGAGGUUAGUUACAUAUGGUUUGGCCGAACUGCAGAUGGAGGGUGAUGGGAAUUGCCAGUUUCGAGCUUUAGCAGAUCAGUUGUUCCGUAAUCCUGAGUACCACAAGCAUGUAAGGAGGCAGGUUAUCAAGCAGCUAAAGCAUCACAAAAAGUUGUAUGAAGGUUAUGUACCAAUGAAGUACAAAAGCUACCUGAAGAUGAUGAAAAAAUCAGGAGAAUGGGGAGAUCAUAUUACUCUACAAGCAGCUGCAGACCGGUUCAAUGCCAAAAUCUGUUUAGUCACCUCGUUCAGAGACACUUGCUAUAUCGAGAUCCUUCCUACGGACAAAAACUAUACUAUAGAGCUAUGGCUAAGCUUCUGGAGUGAAGUGCACUACAAUUCACUGUACGCAAGUGGAGAUGUUCCUGCUAGAGCACCUAGGAAGAAAUAUUGGCUCUUCUAGAUUGAUGCCAGGUGCUGACAUCAUGCAUCAACUAACUUUAUAAUAAGUAAUAAAGGGUUUCCAACUUUUGUAUUUUAUAUGACAUUUUAAUAUAUGAAUUGCGUACAGAAAAUCAUCAAUUUAAAUCCCCUUUCAGGGAUAAACAACAGUCAAUGCAUGAUGCUAAGCUUGGCUUCCCUCUGUAAAUUUAUUGAAACUUCAUUGUACAGUUUUAUUUUCUACUUUGUAUAGGUUUAUAUUCAUAUCUCUUUUCACUGUUUUAUACCA